UUUGUUCGUUAUUGAUUGAUUCUCAGGCUACAUACCUAGGGUUUGCUGUUUUCUCUCUCUGUACGUAAAGUUCUCUCCUUUUCUUCAUAUUCAACACUUUCACUCGCUUCUAACUUUGAUUUCGACUUCAAUUGCGAUCAUAAUUUAGGAAGCGUUGAUUAUGCCUCCAAGAAUAGUGAAACGAGGUGCUGCGGCAAGGAAAGCGAAGGCUUCUUCAAAGGCUGCUUUGGAGAACCAGCGUCAGCAACAGGAACCUGAACCAGUUGAGGAAGUGGUUGUGAAGAACCAUGAAGAGAACCCAGUUGUUGAUGAUGCUGUUGUGGAAGAGAAGCCAAUUGAUGCGGAGGACCAAUUGGCCCCAGAGGGUGUGCCUGAUGUGACAAACAAUGCUGGGGAGGUUAAGGAGUCCAUAGAUGAAUUUGAAAACGAUGAACACUUGGAUUUGGAGGAUAAUGAUCCUGAGUAUGGAGCUGAGGAGUAUGGUGGAGUUGACUAUGAUGGGAAGGAAAUUGAGCAAGAUGAGGAUCAGGAGGUGGGAGAUGAAGUAGACGAAGAACCUGAAGAGUUUGUGGUUGAAGAAGAGGGAGAUUCAGCUGAUGAAGAAGUUGAAUAUGUUUAUGAAGAAGUUGAGGGUGAUGAUGAAGAGGAGGAGGUGGAGCAUGCUGGUGAGGAGUCUGAGCAUGAGCAUCUGGGUGACGUGGAGGAAGAGGAACACCAUGAAAUUGUAAAAGAGAGGAAGAAGCGUAAGGAAUUUGAAGUAUUUGUUGGAGGCCUGGACAAGGCUGCUACUGAGCAUGAUCUGAAGAAGGUUUUCAGUAAAGUUGGGGUUAUUACUGAAGUCAGGCUGAUGAUGAAUCCUCAAACUAAAAGGAACAAGGGAUUUGCAUUUUUGCGUUUUGAAACUGUUGAACAAGCAAAAAAAGCUCUGGUAGAGCUAAAAAAUCCAGUGAUUAAUGGCAAACAAUGUGGUGUUGCUCCAUGUCAGGAUAGUGAUACUCUCUAUUUAGGUAACAUAUGCAAGACAUGGAAAAAGGAAGCUUUAAAGAAGAAGUUGAAACAUUAUGGAGUUAAAAAAUUUGAGAAUUUGACUUUAGAAGAAGGUGGCGAAGAGGGAACGAACCGUGGAUUUGCAUUUUUGGAAUUUUCAACUCGUUCAGAUGCUAAGGAAGCCUGUAGGCUACUGCAGAAGAGAGAUGUUAUGUUUGGAGUCGAUAAGCCAGCAAAGGUUUCCUUUGCAGACUCCUUUAUUGACCCAAACGAUGAAACUAUGGAACAGUUGCAGGUUAAAACUGUAUUUAUUGAUUCGCUGCCUCCUUCAUGGGAUGAAAAUUAUGUCCGGGAUCUUCUUAAGAAAUAUGGGGAGAUUGAAAAAAUUGAGCUUGCCAAGGACAUGCUAGCUGCUCGUAGGAAGGAUUUUGGAUUUGUUACGUUUGGUACACAUGCUGCUGCUGUGGAAUGUGCUGACAGCAUUACCAGUAAAUGGUUAGGGGAAGGUGACAAAAAGGCCAAAGUACGGGCUAGAUUGUCAAGACCGCUUCAGAGAAGCCGAGGAAGACAUGCUGUUCGUGGGGAUAGCCGCGCUGGCCGAAUAACUGGAAGAUUGGCAAGGCCUUUACGGAGUCGACCUGCACUACGUAAUCUUCCUCCCCCCUCGGUGAGAAGAAUUAGAAGUCGUGUUCCUCCAAUUCGACCUUCUAGUCUGAGAGAUAGACGCCCAGUUGCGUCCAUGCCUGUAAGAGCUAGGCCUGUCGCUCCUCCAGCUAGAUCUUAUGACAGGAGAUUUGCUGCACCUGCAUAUCCAAAAAGUAGCAUGAAGAGAUAUCAUGGUAGGCAUGAAGAUCUGCAACCUCAAAGAAGUAGAGUUUCUGCUGAUUAUGGAUCUAGGAUGGCCUCUCAAGGGCAUCCAUCUCUUAGAGAAUAUCCAGCCCAUGGCUCUGACUACCCUGAGCUGCAUAGAAAUACAUCUCGUGCUGCACCAGGGAGAGUUUAUCCAGAUGAUGGCUAUGGUCAGCGUCUUGAGAGGCAUGCUCCUCCUCCUCCUCCCCAUGUAAGCUACCAUGAAGGACGCCCCCAUGAUUAUGGCACAUUAUCAGGCUCGAAACGACCUUAUACUGCUAUAGAUGAUGUUCCUCCACGAUAUGCUGAUGCUGAUGCUCACCAAUCAAGAUCUCGUUUGGAGUAUGACUACAGAGGUAGUGCUUCAAAAUAUGGAGACGCUUAUGGUGAUAGGCAUGAAAGGUCUACUGUGGGAUAUAGUGGCAGUAGAAGUUCUAUAUCUAUUCAAAACUCACAUGGGACAUAUAGCAGCCGACAGGCAACCGGUUAUGGUGGAGGUUCUUUCGGUGGUGGUGGCGGCGGCUUAUAUUCAUCAAGUUAUGGUGGUGAUUACAUACCUCGUGGAAGUGAUGUUGGAGGCAGCACGUAUUCAUCAAUAUAUUCUGGCAGGGGCGGCAGUGGUAGCAGUAGUUACAUGGGUGGUGGAGGAACUAGGUCUUAUUAUUGAGAUUAAGUAUAUAGUAGAGGCUGCUGUAGGAUGUGGAAUUUUGAAGCUUAUGCACUUUUUGGAGACAAAGGAACAUUGCUUAGUAAUUGCCUGGUUGGCAAUAUGUCAUGACCCAAGCAUUAUGUUAAUUGAGGAUAUCUUGGGUCUGCUCUGGAUGGAGAUUUGAAGUUCUUGAAUUUCCGCUGUAAGUACUGAAGUUAAGAUGGAAAAACAAGUGCCAAACAUGUGGUUUGUAUUUAAACCUCAUUUUGCAAGUCCCCUAUGUAGGUAGCUGAUGUGAAAGGUUAUUCCCUGUUUUGUUCAUUUUGGAAUGAAAACAGGGCCAGAGAUGUUACUUUUAAAUUAAAGAUUAUUGGGAUUUUUUCCUGCUGUAAAAAAAGGUUGACAUUUAGAAUUGUGAAAGAGAUGUUACUUUGGAUUUGAUUA